AUGGACAAGGGUACGGGUGUAGCCAAUGGAACGCAAGCACUUGGCUUUGACGACCUCACCGCCACGUUCGGACUCGAUUUCAUCACGUCCGACUUUACCAACAACCAUCAUAUUGAUGAUAUAACCUCCUGUGACAGCCAGGGCAGGGAUAAUGUCGACAGUCAGCAUACAGAACACACAGACCUUUUUGGUGUUAACCUUGAUCUCGAGUCAUCCCAUCAAGACGAUGGGUUCGGUUAUGGUGCCCUCGAGGCUGGAAACUUCAACCAGGAAGCCAAUAUGGAUUUCGACAACAUGCAAACCGGUGAUGGGCCUUUUGAUGAACCCGGUAUCUUCAUGUUUUCAGAAGCCUUAGGAGAUGUCGAACCCAUAAGUCAUUUGUUCCACCACGACCAAAUUAUCGCCGCCCAAGCCCCCCAACCGUCUGAGUCGGCAACACCUAGCAAGGUCGGGACUCGUUUCUCGUCAAAGUCAUUGAGAAUCCUAAAAUCAUGGCUAGCGAACAACAAUAAUUACCCUUAUCCGACGACUGAGGAUAUGGAAUUACUACAACGUCAGACAGCUCUCAGCAAUCAACAGAUCACCAAUUGGCUUGCCAACACACGAAGAAGAACGAGGUUCAAGGUACCGCCCAAGCGGCCGCCAUCCCCGGCCAUCACAUCGGCAAAGACGCUACCCAUCAACAUUCCCCAGGGCGAUGGACUGCCGGAAACCCUGCAAAAUCUGAACCCUCUUCAGCGCUGGCAAGUCUCACCCCCUGAACACGAGCCCGCGUCAGUGUCUGCGAUCGCGCACGCCGUAUCGGGGUUUUCCUCGGACGGCGAUGAUUUCCCCGACAGGUCUUUGACCGACAGUGUGCCAGCGAGGUCCUUGUACGGUCCAUCAUCGGCGAGCAGUGCAGGUACAUCGCAUUCAAGCAGAAGCUCUGCCAACUCAGCGUACUCACACAACUCCCACACUUCGACGAGGUCGUUUGAUCCUCUAGGGAAGGCCGCUAUAAAACGGAGGAGACGAAGAGCCCUAGCUAAACGGCCAGAGUCAAAAGGGACCGGUACACUCUGGCAAACUUCGAAUACCUACCAAUGCACAUUUUGUACAGAGACUUUCAAGACGAAGCACAACUGGCAGCGCCAUGAGAAGUCGUUGCAUUUGUCCCUCGAACGGUGGGAGUGUGCACCGACGGGCCCUGCGGUACUCGACGCUAGUGGGUGCUUGGUAUGCGUCUUCUGCGGCGAAUCCAACCCCGACAAGCAGCACCUCGAGAGGCACAACUAUCAGGCCUGCCGAGACCGGUUGCAAGAGGAUCGCACGUUCUACCGGAAAGAUCACCUCCAGCAGCACUUGAAACUAGUACAUGAUGCCAGGUUUCUACGCUGGCCUAUGGGAGAAUGGAAAUACGAAAGCGAGGUGAUCCGGUCUCGAUGCGGCUUUUGCGGCUGGUCUAUAACCACUUGGAAUGACCGUAUAGAUCACCUGGCGGAACAUUUUAAAGAUGGCAAGACCAUGGCGGAUUGGCACGGAGAUUGGGGGUUUGAUGACAACGUGCUCAAGAUGGUCGAGAACUCGAUGGCUCCUUACAUGAUUCACAUGGAACGGUACUCGCCGUGGCCAUUCACGACCAAGCAGGGGGUGCCGGAGACGCCGCCAAAUGCCUUCGAGCUGAUCAAGCUCGAGCUCGAGCACUUCUCCGCCGAGCACCAGGUCGCCAAGGAUCAGAUGCCUACUGAUGCGGAACUGCUUUAUGAAGGCUGCUGCGUGAUAUUUGGGUGCGACUCGAUAUCUUUUUCGAAAAAACCUGUAACCUCAACGCAGUCGUGGUUGCGCGACUUGUUCAUGUCAUCCGAGGCGAUCGUGCAGCAAGCACGUAUCCGGCCCAUGAAGGAUAACUCAAAGUCCAGGUUCACGUACCUCAGCAUUAACGGGAAAGCAAACAUAUUCGAAGCGUGUAGCUUGGAAGAACAGCUUCUGAAUUAUGUGGAGAUUUCCAAGAUGAUCGACACUCGAGUGCUAGACGAGGACUUGCAAAGGGAAGCCUGUAACAUCGUACAAGGCAUGGAAGCGUCAUCUCCGCAUCCAUCAGAGACUUUUGCAAACUUCUUGACCAGUCUUAUCAACGGCUCGGGGCACUGGCUAGCAGCCUUCCGCCGCCGCGCCAACCUCCCUCCCUCGCGGCCGUCCAGCACGCUACAGAUUAGAACGCAUAGUCAUGAAGUAAAGUCCACUAGGGUUAGCCCCGAUACCGACCUCGAAGGCUCCUCGGUGAGCACAUCGGAUCUGUUACAGCCUGCGACCGGUUCGAGCUCUGUUGCUUUUGUGCCAAGUUCCGGUACAAAAGAUGGACAUGCCGCAGCUCCGUCCACCUUCUUCGUUAACGAGGACAAUUGUUACAGAAAAUUAGUUAGGGAGCUGACCCGGUUUGUUACCAUCACAACAUCGCCGCGGAAUCCCAACCGGCGCAUCCCUACCGAUGCUGAACUUCAACAUCAGGCGCGCUGGAUUUCGUUUGAGGAUGAUGAUCCGUGGAACCAAACCCCGGCUGAUAAUCCAGAUUGGCUUCGGGACUUUAAGCGUGAAAUGGGUAUUCUGGAUGAGAGACAAAGCUAA